AAUAUACAAUUAAUGAAUCAUUUUUAAAUAUGGUAAAAAUAUUUUACGAAGGAAUAUUCAUAGAUAUUCAUGUGCUUUAGAUUCGAGACAUAGAAUAUAUUUGCAGAUCUUAGUGAACUAUAUCUACUAUAUAAAGUAUUCGUAGUCGUGACGUGUUUUGAAUGUUCUUUUUAGUGAAUUUCUACUGUAAGUCUGCCAUAUUUUUUGAAUCUCGACCUGAAACUUUGUCUACAUAAACACUUCAAUUAAAGACUAGCUUGCAUGAAAAGUUUCAGAAUUUUUAGACUAAAUUUUUUCGAGGUAUGAAGGAUUCAAAUAGUACUUGCUGUAUUUACUGUCUAUAAAAAAGAGUUUAUACUUUAAAAAUUCCGUAUCUCGAAGAGACUUACGAGGAGCGGACUAAUUGCUUUCGAAUCGUGACUAUGUGUAUUAUACAAACCCUAAUGAACUAUAAAUAAUCCUGACAAGAGUUUGAGCCCUUAGUUUAUCAGUACGGAGAUACUGUUUAUGUACGGUAUUUUUUAAAUACCCCUCACGACCACGAAGAAAAUUAAUUUUCGAAUUUCGACUUGAAACUUUGCUAAGAUGUGACUAUGAUAAAAUCGCUCAUAUACACUAACAGAUUUGAUGGUCUUAUUUCGGAAUACAAGCAAAUUAAAAAGAUCUGAAACUUUCACAAUAAACUAUUCUUUCAUUAAGUGCUGUGUCUAUGCGAAGUCUCAAGUUGAAAUUCGAAAAUCAGUUUUUCUGAUGUUCUUGAGAAGGAUCAUGGCAUUGUAUUAGACAGUUCCCUAAAAAUGCAAUAUCUCCGCAACAAAAAGCUAAUGACUUGGACUUUUUGUUUCAGGACAUUCAUAGCUUCCUAGGUCAGCAUGAUAUGCUAAUCUAAUUGAUGUAUUUAUGUGGGCAAAUUUUCACGUCAAAAUUCGGAAACUAUGGUCUUGUUACAAAUUCGAGAGUCUACAGUCGAAAUUCAAUUAAUCCUUCCUUGCAAUAGAAAACCCUAGAUCUUCUAUUAUGACUCAAUCUAUUUUCAUAAUUUCUAAUUGAAAAAGUUUUUUUCAGAUUUAACCAGUAACUUUUAGAAGCGCAGAAUCACUAGUGUAGGGAUCAUAGGCUAUUAAAAUUUUCAGCUCGAAACUCUAAAAAUUAGGCAUAGUUUAGGAUGCACUAUGCUCCAACGAACAUCUUUGAAUAUUCCCUUUGUUAGACUUUAAUAGAAUAUAUUUCAUUUAUUUAUAGGAGACACCUGAACAAUUGAAUCCAUGUUUUUUAACAAUGGUUUCACAAUUUGGUUCAGUUGUUGAAAUCAAACGUCAUUGUGGAUGGACAGGAAAUAUUGAAACAAGUUGGAAAACGGUUUCAAUUGCUCAAUUAAAUAAAUGUCCAACGUCAAAAAUUCUUGCUGAAAUUGAUGGAGAAGAUAGUAUUUUAUAUUGGGUUGAUUUAACAACUGAAAUAGCUUUUUAUUUACCUCAUCAUUUUCUUAUUGAUAAUGAAAGUUCAGAAAUGCGAAUAUUAAUUGUUUGGCUUGAAGAAUUUCGUGAUGAUCUUGAUUCAAUUCUACCUGUUCAAGAACAACAAUCAAAAAGUCGAGAUAUUUCAAUAAUUGGUAUUUAUCCAUUAAAAAAUCGUUUAUUUCGUAUUUUACUCAAUUCUAAUGCGCAACGAAUGCAAUCAGCUUGUGCUAGUAUUCCAUUGAUUGAUGGUAUGGUUAUACCAUUAGAUAUAUUACCAUUUUUUCUUCGACAAGCUGUAAAUAAUUUAAGUCGUCGAAAACGAUUAGAAGAUAGUCAAAAGUUUGUUUAG